AUGCCUCACCACCUCUCCUCUUUCUUCAAAUCCGUCGGCAGCGUAACCGAAAAUGCUUGGGAGAGCGCUACGAACAAUCUUUCUAAUAGUCCGAAACGAAAUCGCGAGCGUGGUUUGACUGUUCGUCAAAGUUUUCAACAAGUUCAACCAAGACGCUUAUUCCCAGCUGUAAGACCAGCGCCUGUUCCCACUUCUGCUACUGCUACUGCAGAUCAACCUAUUGGUCUUGGCUUAGGUCUUGGUAUGGAAGUGGGAUUUGAAUCGGCUGAUCAUGAACAUGAACAAGUUGGUAUUCCAAGUGGUGUUGAAAAUCAAAAUCCAAACACAAGUUCCGCUGCGAUGGUUGAUACAAUUCACACAACUCACACAAGCACAACCAACAAAAUAGCUUCAAACACAACCAUCCCACCACCCUCAACCUCAGCCCUCACAAAAACCUCUAGCAAAAACACUCAAAGAAGUGCGAAUAGCAAGGAGACAAGCACAAGCAAGAGUGGAAAUAGUUAUAAUCCGCUGGUCACUACAAGCUCGACAUACACGAAUCCGAGCGAGAAUUUGCCACCGACGCCAAAUUUAAGGGCGGUAGAGGUAGGGAAAUUUGGGGAUGUCGUUGGUGGUGGUACUGCUGCGAUUGGUGGUGGAGAUGAUAGUGCAGGAGGAAGUGCAAGUCAUAGUCAGAGUGAAACAAUCAGUCCAGUCGAUGGAAUGGGUAUGUUUGGUCCUAUUUCUAAUCCUAUUCCCGGUUCUGGAUUUGUUUCUAGUGGUGGUGGUGCAGCUAGUGCGGGAGGAAAUGCUACGAUUGCGCAUGAGCGAAGCGAGCGUCAUGGAAGUAUUAAUAUGCAGACUCCUAUUGUCACGGCGUCGGGAACUCGCGUUCAUAAUUAUCGAGGUGUGGAUCAUGGUGCUGUUGUGAUUCCUGGUUCUGCUUUGGCUUCGGCUUCGGGCUCGGGUAUCAAUACUCCAAGAUUGAUUGCUGCUGGAAUUGGUGCUUCUGGACUGGCUACUCGAGGAAGAGAACGCGCUUUUACGAUUCCGAGAAAACCUGUGCCAAUGACGAUUGUGGUUGGCAAUACAGGUCUUGAAGUUAUACCUUAUGGACGUCCAAUCGAAGACAUCGGAACUGGCGCUUGUAUUGUCAAUAGACAGGAGUGUAUGGACUGGAAAAAUCAAUUUGAUGAACGAGGACGAGGACAAGAUGGAGAUGAGAAAGAUGGUGAAGAUGGAGAGGGAGAGGAAGUUGGUGAGAGUGAGGAGGAGAGAAAGGAAAGAUUGGAGAAGGAAAGAAAGGAGAGAGAGAAGCGAGAUCUCCUCCACGAAAACCCCCUGCUCUCCCAUCCAGUCGAAUCAACUACGAUUGCCACCGGCACCCCACCCACCGUCUCUCCAACUUACAUCGCUUCCACUUCUCUCAGCUCCAAACGUCGGGGGUUCCGCCGCUCAUGGACCGCGCCAAUCAAUGGCUUUAAUUUUACCAGCCUCGGUGGAAUCGGCGUUAUGGGUUUCGGAAAUUCAAACCCAGAUCCAAAUAUGCAUGGAGGACUUGGCGAUACAGGAAUGGGAACGGGGAUGGGAAUUAAUCAGAGAGGCACCGCCAGAGAUAGAUAUUCCGGAAAUAGUAGUGAGGGAAUGGGAAUGGGAAUGGGUUCUAGACGGGGAAGUUUUCUGCGCAGAGCAAGUGUGAGUUUCAAGGGGAUGGGAUUGGGGAUGCAGGGACUUUUGAGGGGUGCGAGUGGAGGCAGUGGUGCAUUUGCUGGAGCUGGAGCAGGUACUGCUGCUGUGGAGAGAAUGGGUUUGAGUAUGGAUCAUACGCGUGAAGGGGGAGGAGCUGCAGGAAGUGGGAGACCGGUCACCAUGCAUUCGGAGUAUAGAGGUGUAGGUGGAUAUGUGGGGGAUGACGCUAUGGCUCUUGCGCGGGAGAGAGUUGCGGAGGCUGAAAAUCAACGACGAAGAAGUCAUCGCCAAUCAAUGGUCCUGCCAAAAUUCGAAUGGGAGGAAGAAUUUGCUACUGCGGAGGAGGAUGAAGGUGAUGCUUGA